AUGUAGCUUCGAAGUAGUAAAUUUAACUAACCUCCUAAAAGAUAAUAUAUAUCCCCUUAUCAAAUAUUUUACUAAGAGUAACUGAAAAUCAUGUUGAGUUAAGGAAUUGAUAUAAAUUAGGUUGGUUGUCAAAUCUAAAAAGCAUGGUCAGAUAUGUCAUCUAAAUUACAUCAAUAUUAUGAAGAUUAAUUUGAAUAAUGUGAAGACAAGUUUUAGGAGUAGCUUAUCUAUUUUUAUGGUGGUAAUCAUUAACAUAUCAAUUAAUUGAAUGAACUAAAAAAUAUUCCUUCAAAACCAAUAAGGCCACUCACUCCUUAAUUUGAAUAUAUUAUGAAAAAUAGAUACAAAUUUUCAUAAAAAAAUAUCAAUUGGAAAUAGUCUUUCUCACUUUUAAUGAUAGAAUAUUAUAAAUAAUCUUAAAAUGUUAGAGAAUAAUUAGAAUUCGAUUUUGAAAUAAAAAUGAAAGAUUACCAAGAUGAAAUUGAAAAAUGGAAUGAGUAAAGAAUAUUUUUAUAAUUUUUAGUAAGUAUGCUGAAAAGUAUAAAACUUUAAAAAAUAAUACGAUUGAAAUUUAUAAAAAAUAAAAGACUGAAAAUGAUUUCGAGGAAUAAGAAUUUAAAAUUUCCAGACCAAUUAGAAAACUGAUAAUAAAUAAAAAAGAGUAAUAUACAUAAACUUACAGUGGGAUUAAAAAUGUUAAGAAAAAUCAUAUGAAUGUUGAAGAUUUUGGAUUAAGUGUUGUAUAUACUAAUAUAAUGUAAAUGGCAAUGAAUUAUUAACAAUUUGGAUAGAAAUAAACAAAGAAGGCAAGAAAAUUUUGA